UUGUGCGGUGCGGAACUCGGGCGAUCGUUUCUCCGCUUAAUUUUGGUGGCGCGCGGCCGGGUUGCGGCCGAUUUUUCUAUCGCGUUUGGUGCGCGGAUCAAAGUUGCGUGUAAAUUAAUCAAAUGUUCGGUGAAUGCGGCCAAGUUUGCGAUAAUUCGCGGUGAUUUCGCGCGCCUAUCAUUGUGUGAAAGAUGGUGCCAGCGGGCAGCAGUAGUAGCGAGCUUGGAUAUCGCUAGCGCCGUGCGCGUAGCCAGUUUCGCUUAAGUUUGUCAAGUUGUUCUUGUGUGUGAUCUCUUGGGGUGAUCCUGAAGAUGCCCAAUGGUUAAUUAUGUGCGUUCGGGGACGCCCGGGACGUCGAACUGUGGGAAAGCGCCUCAACGCACCGCGGUUAUGUUUUCAUUUAAUCCAAUCUCAAUCUCACCCACAAAAUCUCACGAAAAAUUUCGCGACUCCCCCAAACUAGUGUAGUGCCUGGUGCCAAGCGUAAACAGGCGGCCGCGAGACAUGGCCGAUCAUCUUGUGGACGGCCCGCCAAACAAGCGGCCAAAAUUGGCGGACCCCUUCCAGGGGCCCUCGGAUUCGUCAGUGGGUAUGGCGCCCAUAAUGAUGCACCAUGCUUACACAAACUACGGGGGAGGUGGCGGUGGUAACAUGCAACAAAUGCAGGGCCCGCCACAACAGCUACAUCUACAACAACAUCAACUACAGGCACAUUGGAACAACCAUACAGCCCAGAAAAGAAAUUUUAUCACAAACACUGAUAUGUUUGAUCUCGAAAAUGAUCUUCCUGACGACUUAUUGUCAUCUGGAUCCUGGAGUUCAGCAACAGAAAGUGCUAAACCACCUGCAACUGGCCCAGGACCAGGACAACAAAAUGGAGCAUUGGAUUCCGAGCUCCGACAACAUGUGCAGCAGCAACAGCAGCAAUUAUCACAUCAUCUGAUGCAACAACAGGGCAACAAAAAUUUAGUUGCAAACACACUGGCAAUGGCGGCAGGUACAUUGGGCAAUAAAAGUCCCAACAUGCAAUCCCCACCGAAUGUUUCGGUUUCCAAAGGCGUAGUCGAUUCUCAGAUGGUUGUCAGUCUUGGUAAUUUACCAAGUAGUAUAGCCAGCUCACUAGCCAAUAAUCAAAUGUCAAUUGCAAAUUCUAUGGGAGGGCUUCAGUCUUCGAUGAGCAUGGCCGGGAGUAAUCCUACAAUGUCAAUUCCGGGUGGAAUGAAUUCUGGGCUUGUUAUGACGAGCAGUGCAACUGGCAAUAAUAAUAAUAUGGGUGGAAUGGCGGGUGGAGGCUUGAUCGUUGCGAAUAGCUUGAACAAGCAGCCUUUAAAUACCGUAACAAUGAUAGGUUCCAAUGCUCAAGGCAUGCAUCACCCUGCAGGGCCUCACAGUGUUGCUCAGAUGCAGAAUGGGCCUGGUAUGAUGGCUGCUAGAGCUGUUGUCAUGCAGCAGCAACAACAGCAAGCGCAACAGCAACAACAGCAGCAACAACAGCAACAGCAACAACAGGUGCAGCAGCAACAACAACAACAAGCACAGCAGCAACAACAGCAACAACAGCAGCAGCAACAGCAACAGGCCCAGCAGCAACAACAACAACAGCAACAACAACAACAACAGCAGCAGCAGCAACAACAAGCUCAGCAGCAGCAACAACAACAGCAGCAGCAAGCUCAUAUGGUAGGAACAGCAAGAGGCCAGAGUCCCCAUCAACAGGUACACCAAGGAGCGAUGGUUGGUCCUAGAAUGCCAGCGCCACCCAACAUGGCAAACAUACCCAAUAUGGGCCAAAUGGGUGCUUCGAGUCCAUACGGCUAUGCUGUAUCUUGUUCUCGUCUGAAAGUAAAAUUUUCAUCAGGAUCGCCAGGUGGUGCACCAACCCCAGGAGUUGGAGCAAAUAAUCCAGUUGGUGUAGUCGCUCCACAACAAAGACCAGCAGGUGCAAACAUGACUGCAAUGCAAGUCGCCAGGUUUGGUGGGCCAGCAGGACCUAUUGGUCCAGGCAAUAUUGUUGGGGGCCAAGAAGGUGGGAUGGCACAGCAAGCUCAACCACCGGCACCAAGUCCCGCACAACCACAAUCAGGUGCCCCAAGUGGCGGACAACCUGGUCCUCAGCAGGCAACUCAGGGCCAAAUGCCUGGCGGUGGUGCUCAACCAGGUGCUCCUCCUUCAACCGCUGACCCUGAAAAAAGAAAAUUAAUUCAGCAACAGCUGGUGUUACUUUUGCACGCGCACAAAUGUCAAAGGCGAGAGAGCCAGGCUAAUGGAGACGUAUGGCAAUGUACUUUGCCACACUGUAAGACGAUGAAAAAUGUUCUGAAUCAUAUGACAACUUGCCAAGCAGGGAAAAGUUGCUCCGUACCCCACUGCAGUUCUUCAAGGCAAAUUAUAAGUCAUUGGAAGCACUGCCAGCGAAGUGAUUGCCCUGUCUGUUUACCUCUGAAACAGGCGGAUAAAAACAGGAAUCCAAAUACUGCUGGAGUACAAGCAACGCCACCAAACAGUCAGAUUAAUCCGAGUGCAACGGAUAUGAAGAGAGCAUAUGACGCUUUAGGAAUACCAUGUCCACCACCUGCUGGGUCAUUAGCUGGUCAACCUGUUGGCAGAGUCGUUCGAAUGCCUGGGCCAGGUAUUCAAGGUCCACCUGGUAAUAUGCAGGGAGGAAGGCUGGCCCCACCUCAAUCUCAAGUAACUGUUCCGGGUCAACCUGUAGUGGCUGGUGCAGGACAGCAAGUAAUUGCUCCUAAUGUCUCCCUUCCAUUGAGCUCUGAUCCAACGGCAGUUGCAGCUGGAAGUCAAGCUCCACCUACAACUGCUCCUACUUCAGCGGCAGCUCAGGCAGCUGCCAAUAUACAGCAAUCUGUUAGUAUGCAGCUCUUUGGGCUGAACGAUGCUGGGCAGCCAGGGAUUUUGAGCGAAAAUAGAUUAGCAGCUAGUCUACAACUUCCAGCAGGAUUACAGCCGGGUCAAGUAACCGCGACUGCGGUUCAAGGAACUAAGGAGUGGCAUCAGUCUGUCACGCCAGAUCUCAGGAAUCAUCUUGUUCAUAAGCUGGUUCAAGCAAUAUUUCCCACACCCGAUCCCCAAGCAAUGCUUGACAAGAGAAUGCACAAUCUGGUUGCAUAUGCGAAAAAAGUUGAAGGUGAUAUGUACGAAAUGGCCAAUUCUAGAUCCGAAUACUAUCAUCUAUUAGCUGAGAAGAUUUACAAGAUUCAGAAGGAGCUUGAGGAGAAACGUCAAAAACGUAAAGAACAGCAGCUCCAAGCUCAGCAGCAGCAGCAGGCACCUGGUGCCCCUGGCACAGGUUUAAGGCCUGUAGCUCCUCAAGGUCUUACUGGAGCAGUCCCUCCCAGGCCAGUUGGGACCGUUCCACCGAAUCUUCGGAGUCAUUCUCCUGGAAUGGGCCAGCUUGGUGCCCUACCUGGGAUUGGUAUGCCACAUAAUCGUAUGCAAUUUCCUCAACAACUUCAACAGCAACAAAUACAGCAGCAACAAGGAAUGCUUAUUGGACCACCAGGCCCAAGCCCAAAUGGGCAACAGACAUCCAAUCCUAAUCUGGUGCCAAAUCCAGGUCUAAGUCCUUUUGGGCAACCACAAAUGUCGCAAGCUAAUUUAACCACGACAACAGCUUCUGCCACAACUAGUCAAUUUCCUACAUCGAAUGGGACUCCUGGAUUACCAAAUACAUCACCGGUACAGAAUCAACAUCAAUUCCCUGAGAUUAUGAAAGUUAGGCUAGCACAUGCACAAGCGGCGCAGCAGCAGCAACAGAAUCAACAGCAACAGCAACAACAAGUACAGCAACAACAACAACAUCAACAAGCACAGCAACAACAACAGGCACAGCAACAACAGCAACAGGCACAGCAGCAGCAAGCCAAUGUUACAGCAACUCAGAAUAGUAAUGCAACAACGAUACCCCAGGCGCCUUCGCCAUUCAGUACUAUGCAGCAGCAAAGUAGUCAACAACAAAAUCAACAAUUUCCUACCGCCAGACCUCUCUCUGCCUCUACCCCUGGUGAUACUAGUAUCGCAACAUCUACACCUCAAACUAUUCCUCCUCCUGCAUCCAGUGGGCCAAGUCCUGGCCCCACACCUACUACCAACGGACCACAAUCGACAACUUCCACUCCUAGUACACCCUUAGUUCCUUCGUUAAUGACUCCUAACCAGACUGUGUCUGCUGCAAAUAAAACACCACCACAUCCUGGUACCACCCCAUCUCCUGCGGGACUGGCAAGUCUAGGCAAAGGUAUGACUUCUCAAGAAAGAGCUGCGUUAAACGCUCCAAGAAGCUCAUCUAUGUCGUCACAAAUGGCGGCUAUCACUGCUGCUUUAGACAGAGAUAAUUCACCAAGUCCACCGACGAACAACAAUAAAGGAAAGUUGGAUUCUAUUAAGGAAGAAAAUGUGAAAAUGGAAAUCAAAACUGAAGAUGGUUCCGACAAUCAUAGAAUGGAUGGUGGGAAAAGUGUUAAUAAUGACAUAUCGAUGAAAACUGAAAUUAAAACAGAACCGAUGGAAGAAACGUCUGGUGAUGGAACAAUCAAGGAAGAAAGUAGUAUCAAAGAAGAGGCCGUAACUCCAAUGUCCAGCCAAGAUAUAUCAGCCUCUGAUAUUAAGCCCAUGGUUCCAGAACCUAUUCAGCCUAGCGGAACGUCAACUGACAAAAAAAGACUGUGCUUAUUUAAGCCAGAUGAACUCAGACAAGCAUUGAUGCCCACUUUAGAAAAACUGUAUCGGCAAGAUCCAGAAUCUAUACCGUUCAGGCAACCUGUCGACCCACAAGCACUGGGUAUUCCGGAUUACUUCGACAUCGUAAAGAAGCCAAUGGAUUUGUCAACUAUUAAAAGAAAACUGGACACUGGACAGUACAGCGAUCCCUGGGAGUAUGUCGAUGACGUUUGGAUGAUGUUUGACAAUGCUUGGCUGUAUAAUCGCAAAACGUCCAGAGUCUACAGAUAUUGUACUAAGCUGUCGGAGGUAUUUGAGCAAGAAAUCGACCCUGUAAUGCAGGCAUUGGGUUACUGUUGUGGAAGAAAAUACACUUUCAAUCCUCAAGUUUUAUGUUGUUUUGGAAAACAACUUUGCACCAUUCCGAGGGAUGCAAAAUACUAUUCGUAUCAAAACAGAUACACAUUCUGUCAAAAAUGCUUCAAUGAUAUACCUGGAGACACUGUGACAUUGGGAGAGGAUCCAACGCAACCACAGACUGCCAUAAAAAAAGAACAGUUCCAAGAAAUGAAAAACGAUCAUCUUGAACUAGAACCUUUUGUUGUCUGCACAGAUUGUGGCAGAAAAGUUCAUCAAAUCUGUGUUUUACAUAUGGAAACAAUCUGGCCAUUGGGCUUUACCUGUGACAAUUGUCUAAAGAAAAAAGGUCAAAUGCGCAAGGAGAAUAAAUUCAAUGCCAAGAGGCUACCUGUGACAAAACUAGGGACUUACAUAGAAACGAGAGUUAAUAAUUUCUUGAAGAAAAAGGAAGCUGGUGCUGGGGAAGUUGCUAUUAGAGUGGUAGCUUCUAGCGACAAGGUAGUCGAAGUAAAACCAGGAAUGAGAAGCAGAUUUGUCGAUAAUAAGGAGAUGCCGGGAGAAUUUCCUUACAGAGCAAAAGCUUUGUUUGCAUUUGAAGAAGUUGAUGGCACAGAUGUAUGCUUCUUUGGUAUGCAUGUGCAAGAGUACGGUAGCGAGUGUACCCCACCUAACACCAGAAGAGUGUAUAUUGCAUAUCUGGAUUCCGUGCAUUUCUUCAGGCCGAGACAAUUUAGAACUGCCGUUUAUCAUGAAAUUUUACUCGGAUAUCUCGACUACGCUAAACAACUUGGUUAUACAAUGGCCCACAUCUGGGCAUGUCCACCCUCCGAAGGAGAUGACUACAUCUUCCACUGUCAUCCACAGGAGCAAAAAAUUCCAAAACCAAAAAGGUUACAAGAGUGGUAUAAGAAAAUGCUGGAUAAAGGAAUGGUAGAAAGAAUAGUCCUUGAUUACAAAGAUAUCUUGAAGCAAGCUAUGGAAGAUAAACUUUCAUCUGCUGCUGAGUUGCCUUAUUUCGAAGGUGACUUCUGGCCGAAUGUUUUGGAGGAAAGCAUAAAAGAAUUGGAUCAAGAGGAAGAGGAAAAGCGGAGACAAGCCGAAGCUGCUGAAGCAGCUGCAGCUGCAGCUAAUGCGAUAUUUUCAUUGUCUGAGGAUUCAGAGACAGGACCUGAUGGGAAAAAGAAAGGACAGAAAAAAGCAAAGAAAUCGAAUAAAUCAAAAGCCAACCAGCGUAAAAACAGCAAGAAAUCUAAUACUCCACAAACAGGGAAUGAUCUCUCCGCUAAGAUUUUUGCUACCAUGGAGAAACACAAGGAAGUCUUCUUCGUAAUACGACUACACAGUGCACAAAGCGCAGCCAGCUUAGCCCCAAUCCAAGACCCUGAUCCUGCAAUAAACUGUGACUUGAUGGAUGGACGUGACGCGUUCCUUACUAUGGCACGGGAAAGACAUUAUGAAUUUUCGUCCCUGCGCAGAGCGAAAUUCAGUUCUAUGUCCAUGCUCUAUGAGUUACAUAACCAGGGACAAGAUAAAUUCGUCUAUACAUGCAACAACUGCAAGAGUCAUGUUGAAACCAGAUAUCAUUGCACUGUGUGCGACGAUUUUGAUCUAUGUAUAAGCUGUAAAGAAAAAGAUGGCCAUCCUCACCCAAUGGAUAGAUUAGGCCUCGACUUGGAUGACGGCUCUUCACCAGCUGAUGCUAAACAAGCCAAUCCACAAGAGGCACGAAAGUUGUCUAUUCAGAGAUGUAUUCAGUCUCUGGUACAUGCCUGUCAAUGCAGAGAUGCUAACUGCAGGCUACCAAGUUGUCAAAAGAUGAAACGUGUUGUUACUCACACCAAAGUAUGCAAGAGAAAAACCAAUGGUGGUUGUCCUAUAUGCAAGCAAUUAAUCGCACUGUGUUGUUACCACGCGAAGCACUGCCAAGAGACGAAAUGUCUAGUACCUUUCUGUUCCAAUAUUAAGCAUAAAUUAAAACAGCAGCAGCUUCAGCAACGCUUACAACAAGCUCAACUUCUCAGGAGAAGAAUGGCUGUGAUGAAUACGACCAGGCCAACUGGUCCGGUUGGAGCAUUGCCUUGUGGGCAAUCGUCAAAUCCUGCAAUUCCAGUAGGAGUUGCAAUUAAGCCAGGAGUCAGUCCUACUAAUCUUCCCUCUCACCAGCCUGGUAUUGGUCUUAAACCUGGUACUCAAACACCGCCUGCCAACGUGCUUCAAGUCGUUAAGCAGGUCCAGGAAGAAGCUGCGAGACAACAAGUGCCACAUGUUGGUUAUGGAAAAGUCGCACCUAGCGGUGGUAUUGGUGGGACAGUUCAACCCGGUGGUGUCAUGCCGCCUCCUCCGAUGCAAAGGCCACUUCCAGGCCAAAUGGCUAAUCCUGCUGGUACUCACCUUAUUUCGAUGGAUCAAUGGACGCCGAGAUAUCCACCUAAUCCUGGAAUGCAGCAAAACCCUGGGCUUCGGCAACAGGCUCCUCAGUUGAUGCAACAACAGCAACAGCAACAACACCCGGGGCAACCUACUAUGGGAAUGACUGGGCAGAUGCCAAGGCAACCAGGCGUUAUCCCGGGACCUGUUGGGCCAGUUGGUCCGCAGUCUUCAAAUGAUCCAACGACGGCGCAUAAGAGGGCUCUACAACAACUCAUGCAAACACUUCGAAGUCCUAACACGCCAGAACAACAAAACCAAAUUUUACAAAUACUCAAGAGCAAUCCUCCGUUGAUGGCUGCAUUCAUCAAACAAAGACAACAGCAAACAAGCCAACAUGGUGCCGGAGGGGGGCCCCUUGGGCCGGGUCAACCUCAACAACAGCAGCCCGGUUUGCAGCAUAUGAUGUCCCAGCAGCAGCAGCAACAACAGCAACAGCAGCAACAACAACAGCAGCAGCAACAGCAGCAACAACAACAACAUCAACAGCAGCAGCAACAACAGCAACAACAACAACAGCAGCAGCAGGGUAGAAUGCAAAUUCAAGCGAUGCUCAGCCAACAACAACAGCCGGGACAGGGACAUAGUGUACAGCAACAGCAGUGGUAUAAGCAGCAAUUGCUUGCGAUGCAAAGGCAGCAGCAGCAACAACAACAGCAGCAACAGCAGCAACAACAACAGCAACAACAACAGCAACAGCAGCAACCAUUUACUCAGCCACCUGCUCCACCGUACGGUCAGCAAAGACCAAUCAGGCCACCGCUAAUUGGUUACGGCGGGUUCAACGAGCAGGGCUAUGGGCAACCUGGCUUGAAACCAACACCACCUCCUGUACCUUCUCCUCAAGGUGUAAUGGGUCCUCCUGGGAUUUCGGUACAACAGCAGUUGAUGCAGUCGGUCCGGUCUCCACCUCCCAUUAGGUCUCCACAACCGAACCCCUCGCCGAGACCAGUUCCCUCACCUCGCAAUCAACCCGUUCCUUCCCCUCGUGCUGGCCCUGUACAGUCUCCUCAUCAUCACCCUCCGCACGGAACGCCUACUCAUUCACCUGCCCAUGAACUCGGUGGUCCCAGUGAAAUGAUGCUGUCCCAGCUUGGCGGUGGUACGGGUGUACCUGCUGGUCAUCCUCCUGCCAUGCCUCACCAUCCAUCCCCAGCUCCUCCCCCUGCAAGUGGCGCCGACUCUAGUGAAGUGACACCCAUGACACCGCAGGACCAACUUUCAAAGUUUGUCGAGGGGUUGUAGUGACUGUUAGUAGACAUUGCUCCGAGCAAGACUGAGUGUUCGGAAACUGCCCCGCCUAUUUCUUCCAUUCUGAAAUACUGUCGUUGGAAUCAGAUUUUCUUACAUGUAUCGGAGUGAGUUCCACAAAUGGUGAAAAAUGAUUUGACUGGUUUUUUUUUUUUUCCUUUAAAUACACAAGAUCAGCCUGAAAUCACGACUAGACUUGAGUGGAAGAUAUCGAGAGACUUGAAUACAAUAUAAAAAGCCCUCCCCUGCCCUGUGACCCGUUAUAAAAUAAAAAAAAGAACUCAAGAAACGUUGAUAAAAAUAAAUAAUUAAAUAAAUUAAUAAAUAAACUGUAAGGGCCGUCGUCCCCACCCUCCUCGCGGCUGCUUGCGCAGGCUGAGUGAAAUCGUACAAAUGUGUUGUGUAUACUUAACAUUAAUUAAUAUUAAUAGUUGAAAUACUAGUAGCGACUACUAUUACCAUUACUAUUAUACCGUAACAAGACGCAAAGCAAAACAAAGAACUCUAUUAUAUAUUAAAUGAUAAUAAUAAUAAUCAAGAGGCAGACAAGAUACUUUGUAAAGUAAGUAAACGCAGAAGUUAGGGAAAAGUUAAUAACUAAUAGAUAUUAACUUAAGGUAAUUUGUUAAGAAUUAGAACAGCUACCGAUGCUGUAUUUAGAAGGGUUAAAUUUUGUGAUCAUUGACUUACGCAUCAACUGACUGCUCAUGGGGGCAAAAACGGUUCUUUAAACCAAACAAAUGAGAUGGUGGUGUCACAACCAAAAAAUUAUUAAUUCACAACAGGCUGCUGUUUGCUACUACAGGAGGAGUAUAAUCGUGUUAAUUUUGAAAAGUUUUGAAUCAGGGGUCCUGCCUGUACAGUUGAAUCAAAAA